AUGGGGAUUGUCCGAUGGACUUAUGGGAUAGUGCGUUGGAAGUUAGAGAUUCAUGAGCAUGGGAGGCGUCAGAAGCAUAAUUACUUAAAAUCUGGAUUUGGGUUAACUAUUGUUGAGCUUCACAACAAGAUCAUCAAGUUUCCGCUCGUUGAGCCUAAAGAGGCUGUCUUACGUUACGCUUUGUCGCACCAACAAGCCGAAGUAGUCGUGCACGUGGACAACAUACGCAUACACGUGUCCAAGGUAGGGUUUCACAAGGGACGAGGCGUGGAGAAUCAGAUAGCAGAUUGUUACUCGGAGGAGACGUACUUCUCAUCGCGGGUACAGGUCUGGGUCGGGCCGGAAAUUGGGUCGAGCCACGUGUCCUGGCUAAGCCUAGGACGGUCAACAAAGAACGAGGAGAGAGAGAUAGAGGUGACAAGGGUGCUAAAGGGAAAUUUCGGGAAAGGGAAAGUGGCUCCGAGAGUGAAGGCAAGAGCAAGAAUGUCGACGAGGAGGAAGAUUAAGGAUUGGAGAAUCGAGCAAGAAAGCGAAGGAAAAGCUGCGGUUUUCAAUGCGGUGUUGUACGAUAGAGAAAGCGGCCAAGAAGUGACAAUGGUGAAGCCGAAUCAUGAGAGUUAUAAGAAUUUGUUUACGAAGAGUGGAGGGUUGGUUUUUGGAAGGGAUGAGUAUGGAGAUGAAGUUGGAUGGAGAGUUGGGAGAGAGAUGGAAGGAAGCGUGUUGAAAUGGAGAAUGGGUGGCAAAAUUUGGUUAACUUUGAACACUUUGUUUUAUGAGACUAGAUGUGUGGAGUGGUGUGAUGAGGUUGAUUUGCCAUUGCUUCCCACUUCUUAG